AUGGCCUGCUCCGCCCUCUGCCUCCUGAGCCUGCUCUGGGCUGCCGCGGGGACCAGCGCCCAGACCCAAAGCUCAUGCUCCGUCCCCCCGGCGCAGCAGCCCCUGGUUCACGGCAUCCAGGCGCUCAUGGAGAGCUCUGCGGCCAACGCAGCCUUCCCGAACCCCAGCGUCCUCAUCGCCAUGAACCUGGCUGGAGCCUACAACCUGGACGUCCAGAAGCUCCUGACGCUCGAGCUCAUGGCCAGUGACACAGCCGACCUGACCGUCGGUCAACUCGCCCUCACCAUCAUGGCCCUCACCUCCUCCUGCCGAGACGCUGGGACUCAAGUUAAAAGUCUACGGAGACAAAUGGAGACCUGGGCGCCUUCAAGCCUCAACGCGCCAGCUACAUCCUUCUACGGGCCCAGCCUGGCCAUCUUGGCUCUGUGCCAGCAGAACUCUGAGCUGACCUUGCCAAUAGCAGCCCGCUUCGCCAAGGCCCUCCUGGCCAACGCCUCUCCCUUCAAUGUAGACACAGGAGCAGUGGCGACCUUGGCUCUGACCUGCAUGUACAACAAGAUCCCCGUGGGCUCAGAGGAAGGUUACCGAGUCCUGUUUGGUCAGGCAUUAAAGGCUACUGUGGAGAAUAUCAGCACGAGGAUCAAAGACAAUGGCAUCAUCGGGGAUACCUACAGCACCGGCCUCGCUAUGCAGGCUCUCUCGGUGACCCCUGAGAAACCUAACAAAGAGUGGGACUGCAAAAAGACCAUGGAUAUAAUACUCAACAAGAUUCAGCAGGGGAAAUUUCACAAUCCCAUGGCCAUCGCCCAAAUUCUUCCUUCCCUGAAAAGCAAGACAUACCUAGAUGUGACCCGUGUUUCCUGCAGCCCUGAUCAUGAGGUAAAACCAAUUCAACCCAACCAUCCUAGCCCUGCUCCCACCUCGGCAUCCAACAUCACUGUCACAUACACCAUAAAUAACCAGCUGAGGGGUGUGGACCUGCUCUUCAAUGUGACCAUUGACGUGAGCGUGAGAAGCGGCUCGGUGCUGCUCGUUGUCCUACAAGAAGCAGAGCGCAAAAAUCCCAUUUUCAGAUUUAAAACCACGAUGACAUCUUGGGGUCUUGUUGUUUCAUCCAUUAAUGAUAUUGCUGAAAAUGUUAAUCAUAAGACAUACUGGCAGUUCCUGAGUGGCAAAACACCUUUGAAUGAAGGAGUUGCUGACUACAUCCCCUUCAACCAUGAGCAUGUCACAGCCAACUUCACCCAGUACUAAG